CAAGGAGGGGAAGGGGACAACACCCCACCGCACUCGACCACAGCUGCACUCCGCUUGUGUGUCGCUCCAGUUCGCCGCUCUUAAAGCCCGGGCUUCUGCAAAGGGACUGUAUAUGUUAAAAAAACCCAAAAAAAACAACUCUCGGUGCUUUCACAGUGGGUUUGGGGUGGAAAUAAAGAAGGAACUUCCGACGAGUCCAAAGUGUGCUGGGCGCUGUUGGAAUGAGGACAGGUCCGGCAGCUCUGGGCAAUGAGUGAUCUGUGAGCGCCGGGACGGGAUGAUGCUGGGGGUGAGGGUCGCGCUGCCGCUUAUCCCUCGGGCGUGGGUGGUUGAGAGAAAGCGAAUGCAAUGAUGUAAGUCGCUCAGUCUGACUUCCCACUUGGUGCUUCCGAACGUUUGACGAGAUAGGACCGCCGACAGCUCGGCGCUGCUGCCCGACUACAGGACAGGCACCGACUGCUUGGAGAGCCGCGGAGGCGGGCAAGGAUCCCGGCUGGGCGAUCGGCCGUCGCCCAUCGGAUUACCGCCGCUCAAGAGUCACACGGUAAAGGAGGCAAUCCGCCCAAUUCACUCGGGUCUAUUAUAGAUUGGAGGCAGUAAACACAUUAUGAAUGAUCACCUGCAUGUUAGAAGCCAUGGACAGAUCCAGGUUCAACAACUUUUUGAAGACAGCUGCAACAAAAGGACUAUUUUGACCACUCAACCGAAUGGACUUACUGCAGUUGGUAAAACGUCUUUACCGGUGGUUCAGGCCAAGCAGCUGGAGGGUCCACAAAAGCGACAGGGAAGUUCUGCUUCAGUGAAGUCAACCGACUGUACUUCAAAAGUGAAAUCCACUGUCAUGACGCCAGAGCAAGCCAUGAAACAGUCCAUGCACAAACUGUCAGCAUUUGAACACCAUGAGAUAUUCAACUACCCUGAAAUCUACUUUGUUGGCCCAAAUGCAAAAAAACGGCAAGGUGUGGUUGGUGGCUCAAACAACAGCGGCUAUGAUGACGAUCAGGGCUCUUAUACCCAUGUACCUCAUGAUCACAUCAUUUAUAGAUAUGAAGUUUUGAAAGUGAUCGGAAAAGGGAGCUUUGGUCAGGUCGUGAAAGCUUAUGACCACAAACAGCACCAGCACAUAGCACUGAAAAUGGUGAGGAAUGAGAAACGGUUUCACCGACAAGCUGCUGAGGAGAUACGGAUCCUCGAGCAUCUGAAGAAACAAGACAAAGAUCAGACCAUGAAUGUCAUCCACAUGCUGGAAAACUUCACAUUCCGCAAUCACAUUUGCAUGACGUUUGAAUUGCUGAGCAUGAAUCUCUACGAACUGAUCAAAAAGAACAAGUUUCAAGGGUUUAGCCUUCCGUUGGUUCGCAAGUUUGCCCACUCGAUUUUGCUCUGCUUGGAUGCAUUGCACAAAAAUAGAAUUAUUCAUUGUGACCUUAAACCGGAGAAUAUUCUGUUGAAACAGCAGGGGCGAAGUGGGAUUAAAGUCAUAGAUUUUGGUUCUAGUUGUUAUGAACACCAACGUGUGUACACUUACAUCCAGUCAAGAUUUUACCGUGCACCUGAAGUGAUCCUUGGAGCGCGCUAUGGGAUGCCUAUAGACAUGUGGAGUUUGGGUUGCAUUCUGGCUGAACUAUUAACAGGUUACCCGCUGCUGCCUGGGGAAGAUGAAGGGGACCAGCUGGCUUGCAUGAUUGAGUUGCUGGGUAGUGCGCCUCAAAAGUUUUUAGAUCAGUCAAAACGAGCCAAAAAUUUUGUCAGUUCUAAAGGUUAUCCCCGUUAUUGCACUGUUACUACGUUGCCAGAUGGGUCCGUUGUUCUCAAUGGAGGACGGUCACGAAGAGGAAAGGUUCGUGGCCCCCCGGGGAGCAAGGAUUGGGUCAUGGCCUUGAAAGGAUGCGACGAUCCUCUCUUUCUUGACUUUCUGAAACAGUGCUUGGAAUGGGACCCGACUUUGCGGAUGACACCCAGCCAAGCUCUGCGACACCCCUGGCUGCGGAGACGCUUGCCAAAGCCGCCAGCGGUUGAGAGAGCUUCUUCCAAGCGAGUGACAGAAAGCAGUGGUGCUAUCACAUCAAUUUCUAAAUUGCCUCCAACGUCAGGCUCAACGUCAAAACUAAAAACUAAUUUGACACAAAUAACUGAUGCCAAUGGAAAUACUCAACAACGAACAGUUUUGCCCAAGUUGGUUAGCUGAGUUUGAAUAAGUUUAUACCAGGGAUGCGGAGAGAAUCUAUCAGCAUAUCUCUGAGCCUUAUUCAGUUGAACUUUUAUAUUAUUUUUAGAACAUUUGUAAUUAUGAAAUAUUGGAAUUUUAAGCACCAUUUGUUAAGAACUAGGAAACUAUUUAACUAAUUUCUGGGGACCAUGCAUUAUUGGAAGGUGGUUUUUCAGGUGAAGUUAAAUACCUUUUUAUUCUGGCAUUGGAAUGUGCAGAUCAGAUCAUGUAACACUUAAAGUUGUCAAAAAAGAUGUCGCUAAUCUUAAUUUGACAAAUUAAUGACAGAUUAAUCGGCCAGUAUUGAAUAUUGUUUCAAAAAACAACUCUUUUUUAGGACAGUGGCUCUUGCUAAUCAAAGACAAUCUGCAUUUACUUAUUUCUAAAGGAACUCUCUCUGCAGAUCUGUGAUGAAGCCCAAUUUAAACAUGGUUUUUGGUAUCUCAGUAUUCCUAUUGUAAAUGUCUGUCUUUGUGAUACCAUUGCAUCUGUUCAGUUUUCAAAUAAGGCUAAUAAAUUGGACUAUGGAUGUUCAUAAAUGUUUUGAAUCUAGAAAUGAGAAGAGGAUUGGCAAAUUCUUGACGUUUGAACUAAUUUAAAAAUUGAAAUGUGUGAAAUCAUUUUGAAAGCUAUCAGUUUUUGUUUCUCCUCUAUCUAUCCUAAUGCAAAUGGCUUCAUUUAGGAUCCAGCUCUUGAAAAUGGAAGGAACAGAAGUAGAUUAUAUGACAUAGGAAUUUGUUCAAGUGGACUUGUUGGUGAGUAAUUGGAAUGUCUUGCGGUGAAUGCAUUUGACCUUGGGAUGUAGAAAAACUAUGCAGGAAAAUCUAACGAUCUCUGACGUGUUUUUCUUUUAUCGUGACAACAUUUACCGUUGGGCUGUGUCAUUGAGCAAGAUAGGAUGGCAUUUUGAAAACUCACCAAUAGCAAACUAGGAAACCUCCGUAACCUCUUAAAGUGAAUGGAAAAAAAAACUUGGUAUGUUUGUGGGCCUACCUGAAAUGUCUCAAACUAUUUUAAAAACAUGGCAGUCUGAAAAAAAAUAAGGAAUGAAAGUUUGGGGGAAAAAAAGCAUUUGUAUUUUGAACAAGUUGGUUAUUGCCAGUAAUUUUUGAUUUAUUCGCCAUUAAAAUCUUAAUUAUACACUUGCUGCAUUUUUUCAGUUCAGAAAUAUCUGGAGUUCUCAUCAGUUCUCUAAUUUCAGCUGAUAUAUGCGAGGGAGUCGGAACACAAAUUCUGAGUUACUGCUCAGAAGAAACGGUGCAGAUUUUCUCUGUUAAAACUGAGUACUGACAGCCUAAUCAUUAUUAUUUACCACAAAUUCUAGGCUGUUGAUUUAAAUUUCUUUUAAAUUAAAAGGUUGAAUAUUUUUAACUUGUAUGAAUGAACUGGGAUUGUUCAGAAGAUGUGAAGUAUUAUUAUAUAAGCUAAGCUUGAACUUCUUUACCUGGAAGAUCUAAUAUUCAAGGCAUGGUCCCCAGUUAGACUGGUAUAAAGCAGACUACAAUUUAUGCCAAGUAUCUUCAAAGCAAAAAUAUGCAUUCAGAUUUAGACCUUGCAUCUUCACAUGUAAUUGAUAUUCAAAUGUUUUUGACAGCCAUCUCUGGGAAGACUUUGUAUGUUUUCAAAAGAGAUACAUGGAAAUUAAUGAUACUAAUUGAAACUUUGCAGCACUUGGGUUUAAGCCAAUGAACCUUUACUAUUACAGAAACUGAAUCUGAUUAAUGUAUUUACAUGUAUAUUGCAUAUUCAUCCUGAUGCAAUAUUUCAAAUAACAUACUAUCUUUUUGUAGUAUUUUUAUGCUUUGUAAUAUUUUUAAUUAAGUUGUAACUUUACAGUAUCACUGAAAUACCACUACAAAAAUUGUUAUUGUACUUUGGGUUUAUACAAUUUACAGAAAGAUAUUUUUAUAUUUAAAUUGGCCUGAAAUUUAUUUUAAGCCAUUCUAUAUGUGCUCAAUUGUUGAAAAAUAUCUCCAUGCUUUGCUUCUGUUUCACAUUUUCUAAUUAACCAUUAAUUGUAAUAGUCCAUUUGUUUAUUUAACAGAAUUUUAUGUUUUAGCUUCAUUUAGUGUAGUUGAAUUAGUACUCGAUAGUUACGGCUCCGAAGGUUAUUAAUGUUAAAUAAUGCUACCAGUUAAUCAUCUUGUAGGUGAUUUCUUUGAAGAUGCCUAUGGUACAUGUUCUAACUUGAUAACAAUUUGGUGUCUUGAGGUCUCAGGUUAUAAUAUGAACAGCAGCUCCUCUGUAUGCUGUUGUUCAGAACCAUUACAGUUGUUUCACCACAGCAGAAACAGUACAAUCUAACAUUAUAUGGGCAUGUGUAACAACUUUUCUCACAUUAGGCAACUUGUGCCCUUAGUAUUAACAGUGUGCCUUUUGUUAUCGUUGCCAUGUUGUAGGGUUUACAGGUAGUUAAUUCAUUGAUCGUGGAUACACUAGUGAUGUAGCAGUUUAUAUGGUUAUAUUGGUGCAAAUUCUUUUGAAUGGUUUGAAAAGGAAAUUAAUACCCACUGAAGAUAAAAUUCAUUCAACUUUAAAAUAUGGAAGGUUUGCGAAAAAAAAUUAAAAGAAAUCCCAGAUUGAGUUUCGCUUUAUAAUCUGUGUAAACAAAAAAAGUGCAACAUUUUAUAGUGACAAUUUUAUAGUAUAAUUUCAGCUGGUCUUUUAAUAUAUCUCUUUUGCAGCAUUUUUGGUGAUGCUUUAGCUAAAAUCUGAUAAGCAGGAAAAAUCAGUUGAGAGCAAUGUGGGGAUGCCAUUACUGGACUCUUAUCCAGAGUAGCAGGAUGGUGUCACUGGUAGAGCUGCUGCCUAAUUUCCCGUGCCAGAGACCUGGGUUUCACCCUGACCUCGGGUGGAGUUUGUACCUGCGUGGUUUUCCUCUGGGUGUUCUGAUUUCCUCCCUUAUCCCAAAGACACGUGCAUUUGUAGUAAAAUUGGCUCCCUGUUUAUUGCCCCUGUGUGUAGCCAGUGGAUGGAAAAAGUCGGAUAACAUAGAAUUAGUGUCAAUGCUUGGUAUGGACUUGAUGGGCCGAAGGGCCUGUUUCCGUGCCGCAUUUCUAAAUUGUUAAAAUAUCGCAGCUGGUGGGACAUCUGUAAUCUGUUUUUAAUUGAAUACGAUCUAUACAAUAGGAUAACUGUAGGUGUGAGAUCACCUUAUAAAGUUCAUCUGUUUGGGCUGGGUUCAUAAAACUAGUCCAAAAACGGGUCAAUGCCUUUAGGGAGAAUAUUAAUGAAAAGUACGGUAAAUUGUUAAGAGAUUUUGGAUGGGAAGUGGACUGUCCAAAGUAUAACUCCCAUUAGAGAACAAAAUAAAUUUUAUCUUCAAUUAAAGCAUUUUUAAUCUGGGAAAUAAAAAUAAUUGCAAAUGUUAACCUGUGAUCAAAGUAUUUACAGAAAUUAUUAAUCAAUAUUCUCAUUUCUAUCUGUUUUAAGUAAUGUAACAAGAACAAACUGCAGGCAAACAAACUGUCUGUCCAUUCAUAAAAAGGAAAUUUAUUUUCUUGAGAUAAUUAUAGGUAGAUGAAUAAUAAAACUAAUGAUAAUUAUAUCUAAAAAGGAAAUAUAGCUUACUAAAUUAUGCUAAGAGAUGAGUGCUCAAAUGGAACAUAUCAUCUGAUAUCUGGAUCCCGGUUUCUUUUGGCAUUGCAAAAUGUCCUAAAAUUGUGGUUUGCAUUUUAGAUUGUCUAACCCCCGAAAUAAAUGGGCAAGUAUGCUAACUGAGAAAGCAAAACCUCUCAAAAGCUGAAAGCUCAAAGAUAAAACAAAACCGAACUGUCUAAUCUGUUGAGUAUUUCCAGUACUUUAAAAUGUAUGUGUCUAUAUCAUAUUUAUUAUCCAUUCGACUGUGCUGCAAUCAGUGGACACAGUUAAAGCUAAUGCUGCAGCACAUUUACCAUUUGCAACUGCUUCAUGUAUCAACGUGUCUUUGUGUUAAUAAUAACAUGGAAAUAAUCUAUAUAAUGAAGUGCAUUUCUGAUUGUCUAGUUGAAUCUUUGAAAUUGUCAACAGUACAAACAGCUUCCAUGGAAAUAGCUAAUGCAGCAAGAAAAAUCACAAUGCUUUUACAUUUACCUCAAAGUUUUCUAAUCGGUAAAGAAAAUCCCAAUUGUUUGAUAUGUACCAAAGUGCAUUCCUUUUCACAUAUUCAGCUGCAAUUGUGGCAGGAAAAUCCACUUUGACGGCAUUUGAGGCCAGUUACUUGGCCUGCGAUACAGCACCAACACUGAAUUCUCAAAACCUCCGUUUGUGCUGUAUCUGUUUUUGUACCUGUAUCUUGACGUAUACAUCACUGGUUGUCGCAUACAUUAGGAGGGUCAUGUGCAAAGUCGCAAUUAAAUAUUAAAGUGAGCCUCAGAAGUCAGCAUCUUAAUAUCGAUUGUUUCCAGCUAGGUCUUGAUGUCAGGUACAGUGCGAAUGUCAUGGUGGAGAUGAUUCCAUUGGCGAAUUGUCUUUGGGUACAGUGAAUCCUUAUAACAGUCUUUAUUUGUUGGGAUGAUGUUGUAUUUGAAACCCCCCCGAUUGCCUGGUCUUUGGUUGACUGGAUGAAUUUGUAGAUCGAAGAUGACUCUUGAUGUUGCUUGGAAUAAACCCGUGCGUUUCUUUAUAGAUGGGCGUCAGGCGUAAUUUGGUUCUACAGUCUUGAAGAGUUUCCCACUCUAGAUCAGCAAGGAUUUUAGUGAUACUGAACCCCUUGCUGUAAACACCAAUGGUAAACCUUGCCGCUCUUUUGAAUUCAUUCUAACUUGUCCCCAUCUGUUUUGUUUAAGAAGGAACUGCAGAUGCUGGAAAAUCGAAGGUAGACAAAAAUGCUGGAGAAACUCAGCGGGUGAGGCAGCAUCUAUGGAGCGAAGGAAAUAGGCAACGUUUCGGGUCGAACCCCUUCUUCAGACUGAUGUGAGGGGGGAGAAACGAAGAGAUGGAGCCAGAGGGCUGAGGGAGAGCUGAGAAGGGGAGGAGAAAAUAAGGACUACCUGAAAUUAGAGAAGUCAAUGUUCAUACCGCUGGGGUGCAAACUGCCCAAGUGAAAUAUGAGGUGCUGCCCCUCCAAUUUACGGCGGUCCUCACUCUGGCCAUGGAGGAGGCCCAGGACAGAAAGGUUGGAUUCGGAAUGGGAGAGGGAGUUGAAGUGCUGAGCCACCGGGAGUUCAAGUUCAUUGCGAACCGAGCGGAGGUUUUGGGUGAAGCGAUCGCCAAGCCUACGCUUGGUCUCACCGAUGUAGAUCAGCUGACAUCUAGAGCAGCGGUUGCAAUAGAUGAGGUUGGAGGAGGUGCAGGUGAACCUCUGCCGCACCUGGAAAGACUUCUUGGGUCCUUGAAUGGAGUCCAGGGGGGAGGUAAAGCAACAGGUGUGGCAUUUCUUGAGGUUGCAAGGGAAAGUGCCCGGAGAGGGGGUGGUUCAGGUGGGAACCAGUUGUGUAUCCCAGACCGUGGAGCAAUAUUCAAGUUUGGGUCUUAUCAGAGUCGUGUACGCUAUAGACUUGGUUCUGUUGCUGCAAUAAUAUAUAUUUCUCUUCAGCAAUCCCAGCAUUCUGUUAGCCUUGGUGGUUGUUUGGUUAAUGUUAGUAGACUAUUUCAAAUCAGUGCGAAGUCCCACUCCAGGUAGGGAUGAUGUUUCACCUCUUCCAGGGUGGAGUGCCCCAUCUUGGUUCCUCCCGCGGGUGAUUCUCAUACUGAAGCAAUUAGAAGAAUUGAAAGACAUCUGUCAAUCUCCUUCCCAUUUGACUAAAGCAUCAAGGUCUUGUUGGAGUCUCUGCGAAUCCUCCAUGAAUUGUACUCUAUUAUAGAGAAUACAAUGAUCUGCAAAGAGUCCAACUGAGUGGACCUUUGAAGGCAGAUCAUUGAUAUAUGCCAAAAAUAGUAGGGGUCACAGGACUGUACCCUGGGGAACCCCAGAUGAAACUUUAGCUCUGUUGGGAGAAGCACCCUCCAGCACAACCUGUUGGUGGUGGUUUGUAAGUUGUCUAUUGAAAGACUCAAUCCAUUUCACUGCGUUGUUUCUAAUCCCCAUGUGGCAAAGUUUCAUCAAAAGACAUAGGUGCGGCACGGAAUCGAACGCCUUACUGAAGUCCAUGAUAAUCAGGUCCGCCUGGCCUUGAUCACCCAAAAUCUUUGCAAGGUCGUCAACAAGAGCAGAUAAUCGCGUGUCACAGGAACGUACCGUGCCGAAAAAGUGUUGCACGUCGACUAAGAUGUGAUAUUGGUAAAAAAGAUUCAUGAUAUGAUGAUGCAGGAGACGUUCCAAAAUCUUACAUGUAAUUGAUGACAACGAAACUGGUCUAUAGUUUCCAAAGGUUACUUCUAUCACCUUUCUUGUAAAGCGGAGUUACGUUAGCCUCACGCCAAGCACCCGGUAAACAUCCAGAAUUAAAUGAUUUUUGAAAAAUCUUAGUUAACACUGCAGCAAUUGAGGAGGCACAUUCUUUCAGGAUCUUCGCAGGAAUGGCGUCAGGACCCGAAGCUUUAUUUGGAUUCACAUCUUGCAAUAGCUUCUCAACACCCUGCUUGUUGAUAACAAUGUUUGGCAUGUCAGGAAAUUCAGAGUCAGGCAUAUCAGGAAAAUUAUUUGUGUCUUCGUUGGUAAAAAACUGAACAAAAUUGGUUGUUGAACACGUUUGCCUUGACUUUAGCAAACAUUGGUACCAUCAGAUGAAGACAAUGUUGAGACCUCUCUUGUCUCUCUUGAUGGAAUUAUUUAUCCAGGGUAAUUUCCAUCUCGAAUAAGUCAUUUUGGAGGGUAGAGCAUGGCCUUUGCACCAGUAUCUAAUUUAGCAUGAAAGUUGAAGUUGUUGACAGUUAUCAAAUAUGACAUCUACACAACAUGUAACUUUAAGAUCAUCUUUAAUCCACAUACAGACUUAACAGCAUGUUAGUAGUCACUGCCUCCUGUCUGCUACUGAACUGUUAAUAUAAAUGAUGCAGUAUGGUGGGGUUAGUGGGGUUAGUGAUGCUAACCUAUAAAUGAUUGAUUGCAUGCACAAACCAAUCUACAGGGAGUAAUACCCUUCAAUUUGGCCCGGGACUGAUGAAAGGCGCACAAGCAGAACAGACUGGUGUGGACUUUUAGAGUUGCUCUAUCAGACAGCUGGAGAUUUAACCUUGGUCACUUGCGCUGAGCACGCUUCUUUUAAAGAAAGUAAAGCUGCGCUCGUUUUCCACUAUUCGCCAUUGAAUAUUGGCAGAGAUGGAUUUCGCUACCGUGCAUCUUAUAUUGUGUGUACCUUAACCUCUAGCUUUGAUUGAAAAUGAUUUUUUUUUUAAUACAUUGUGGUGGGUUUCAGGUGAAGUCUGUAUAACUUUUUAAAAGUCUAUUCUGCAAAACUGACCAUAUAACUGCAGCACCGAAGUGUGACAAAAAAAAAACUAGGGUUAAUAUCUGUGUCUGAUUUGCAGUAUUGCUCAACCUAACUCUUUCACACUCGUAAUAUUUUUUGUUGAUGGCACUUGUUAGUUCUGCUAAAAUGUGAAUUUCUCUUAUGGAGGACACAAUUACUGUUCUAGAUUCUCUGAGCAAUUGCAGAAAGUAAUUUUAAAAUGAGCACCAAAUUAGAUGCGUAUUUCUACUAUGCUGCAGUUGCAUAUUGUACAUAUGUGAAAUUUUGAAUAUUAAGUUUGUAAAUAUGUAUGUAAUAUUCCUGUGAAAUGCUGUCGCCACUUGAUGUGUUUUGAAUGGGGCCCAGUGGCCAGUUUUAUGAUACUGUAUGUAUUGUACAGCUGAUGACAGAAGUAUGACUUUUUUAGUGAAUAUUUGGUUAAAUUUAUUGUGGCCCAAAAUUCAUUUCAAAAAUAAAUUUUAUGUCGGUUUUUAAGAAA